AUGGGUGGAAGCACCAGUCCUGAGCAGGCAGGAGCCAAAAUCUGGCACAGCUGGAGAGAGCUGAGCAAAGCUGGUGGUAUGUGGCAAAGAAACCAGCAAGGUCACUCCUGGUCUCCGGAGGGUGUACAUGCUGGGACAGGGGUGUCCCAGGAAAAGCACCCGAGUUCUGCCUCAGCCACUUUGUUGCAGCCCUUCAUGCGGUGCUUGUUCCCCGCAGAGGACUCCAUCCCAGGGACUGUGGACACCAGCUCAGACCCCGUCAGGCUUACAGGUGGCACCUCAAGGAGCCUCUUACCUAUGUGGCAGCAGCUGCAGCUUUGUGUGGUGGCAAAGGAAGGCACCUACAGCCUGACAGAGGCACUGGUGACGCUGCUACAGGAAGCAGAAGAUGGGCAAGUGGUUGUGGCUCGUGCUGCCUCUCUGCUCUUGGAGGGGCGAAUGGACUGCAGCACCCGCCCUGACUUCCUCGACGGCUGCUGGAAAGGCGCCCCUCGGCAAGGGCCGGCAGCGAGGAGCCCCCUCUGUCGGGCGGCGGCUCCCAAGCGAGAUGGGCACCUGCCGCCCACCUCCACCAGCCCCGGCCAAUCUCCGCCCAGGAGGCGGCGCCGCCGCGCUCACCUGGGACGCCCCACCCAGACCUUCCUGCGCGCCUCCAGGCUACGAGCCAUGGCGGACGCCGGGAGAAGACCCGGGCAGCCGCGAGACUGGCAUCAGGACCGGCCGGCGGGGGUGGCGAUAGGAGAGCAGCCGUGGCCGUGGCAGCAGCAGCAGCAGCACCGCCCUCCCUCCCAAGGCACCACACUGGCCUCUUUUGACGCCCCUGCCGAGGCCCGAGGCGGAGGCGGCCUUCUGGACAGGCCGCUAUGUCGCGCCCUGUGCACGGCCAGAGCCUGCUGCCAACAGCUCCAGCUCCUCCUCUGCAUGCUGAUUGUCAUCUGCAGCUCAGUCUCCUACAAUUCAGCAGGUGGCUACACUGGUCUUUUCAGCCUGGGGAGCAUUUACUACUACCAAUACGGCGGGGCCUACAGUGGCCUCAGUGGAGCUGACGGGGAGAAAGCACAGCAGUUGGAUGCCCAGUUCCACCAACUCAAGGUGCCACCGGCCCAGGUGGCCAUGGCGGUUGGAGGGGCGCUGAUGGCCUUUGCCUGCUUCCAGAUUGUGGCUAGUCUCUUUCGAGUGCCCUGGCAUUGCCCAGCCUGGCUGAUAGUGGAGGCCGUUCUGGAUGUGGCCAUUGCAAUUGGUCUUGUGCCAGCUUUGUACUUCUACUACCACCACCUUCACGAGAUCUAUGCAUCCUCUCUGUGCAAAGAGCGAGAGAACCUCUACCAGAGCAAAGGCUACAGGGGCUUUGGCUGCAAUUUGCAUGGAGCAGAGAUCGCUGUGGGCUUCUUUGCUGGGGUGGCCAUUGUGGCCUUUGCUGUUGGCGUUGUGUUGGCUGUCCGUGGCUUCAAGAUUGUCCGGACCCUCCAAGCAAAACCAUCAUCACACAGCUAUGAGCACUAGUUUGGCCUCUGCUCUGCCUGUGUCGAAGGGAGAGCAGGAUGGAGCAGCAUAUUAAGCCAAGCUAAGCAGUGCCUUUGAACCAUGGACAGUGGCGGCAGUGAUCACUUUCUGUCUAAACCCUACCUUCACAGUACUGUAAACAUUCUCCAAUUCUCCAAGAAAGAAGAUUCCACCUAAACAUUAGGAAGAACUUCCUGACAGUAUGUGCUGUUCGACAGUGGAAUUUGCUGCCAAGGAGUGUAGUGGAGUCUCCUUAUUUGGAGGUCUUUAAGCAGAGGCUGGACAGCCAUAUGUCAGGAAUGCUUUGAUGGUGUUUCCUGCUUGGCAGGGGGUUGGACUGGAUGGCCCUUGUGGUCUCUUCCAAAUCUAUGAUUCUGAUUCCUA